AUGAGACAAGGAGAUGAGGAGGAAGAUAUGGAGCAGACACUGGAUGUGUCUGAGGCAGCUACUGGAAAAAUGAUAGAUGGUGAACAUGAAAUACACAAAGGAGCAAAUGGGUUUAAGAAUAAAGAGACGGGACAAGUGGAUGCAACCCUACAAAAUAAGACUGCAUCACCCCAUGAAAUGAAAGGACCUCUACUGGGAACCAGUGAGAUCACCAGUUUGGCAUCUACAGCGAGUUAUAUGGACAAAACCUUCCUUUGUUAUCCUGAGGUUGCAGAGUCAGGGCAGGAAGACGAUAAUGACGCUGUGUACAAACUUAAUACACUAGAAGUCCAAAAUGUUGAGCAUCCACCUGUCGUUGAGAGUAAGGAGAUACCAGUGGAGUGUUACACUGGCAGACCAGAAAGGGGAACCCACACAGUGAACCCAGAAGGAGCACUGGUGCAAUGUGAGACCAACACAUUAAUCCAGAGUGACACCACUGCUGAUGACCUGGACAGAGCCACAGAGAAAAGAGUAGAAGAAGUGAUGAAGAGUGGAUCUGAAGUGGAAACUGAGAGCAGGACAAAUUCAGGAAUUCAUAGAGGGACAGAAGAUGAGAUGGAGACAGAACAGAGUUUAUCUGAUGUCCAGAAAAAGAUUGAGAGAGAUUGUAGAGAAGAGAGGGAGUUACAGAGAAGAGACACUAAGCCAGAAGAGAAGAGGACGGACAGAGAUGAGUCAGUGAUACUUCAAGAGGACAGGGAAGAUGAAACAACCACAGAGCACCGAUACAAGCGUCAGUGGAACCAGCUCAAGGACAGUACUGGCUCCAGUAAACCCUUUGGCUCCCGGACAAAACUCCUCAGCAGUCCAGGGCUUGGCCUCUUCUGCAGCGUCUUCCAAAAUGGAAACCACCUUGUUCCUCACAAGAAAAGGCAAGGGAAAGAGGAGUCAGGCCCAGUACCUCCAUCCCUGAACGUCCAGUGGUUCCUCCACAACCACAGACAAAAGCCAGUCCUUGGCAUGAAAAGGGAAAAGUACCAAAGGAAUGUUUCCAAACCGGCUCGAGCCGCUGUGAGCUGCAAACUACCCCAGCACAAGCUGGCCAAUCACGGGCCUGACCAUGACACACAUGGAUCAAAAACAUCCAAUGACUGGGUUAAGAAGACUGAAACCCUGACGUCCGACCCAAGAGUAAAGGAUUCUGGGAAGCUGAGCACAGACGAGAAGAGGCAGAUGCUUGAGAAGGCAGAGCAGGCCAAGACCCUGGUGCUGACAAUGGUGUAUCAGGACGGAGCCACACAGUUGGACCCGGAGCAGAAGCUCCCUCCAGCAGUGUGUGGCCUCCUCGUGCUGAUGAUCGGGGAACAUCUGGACCGCAGCACAGCCGAGGACUCUCUGGGGCCCAAUGACAGUCUGGUCUAUUUAAAACUGUCUGAACAAACACCUGCAUGGGCCCAGCAACACAGCCUCCAGAGCCAGGAGCUCCUCACUAGGGAUAUGCUGCUACAGGUUCUUUCAAGACGUCAACUGGUGGUGUGUUAUAAAGCCAAGGAUUUGCUUCGUACGGCUCUGCAGUUUUACAAAGGAGAACUAACCUCGACACAAGUGGCAGGCUGUCACAUCCAGGACCCACAGGUGUCAGGUUGGCUGCUGGAUCCUGCUGAUCCCUCCUCUUGCUUCCAGGAUCUUCUCAAUAAACACUGCAAAAGACCCAGAGCAACACCUGCCCUGGGUGCAAAGAGGGUUUCUCAGAUCAUCUCCAGCCUCUCAUCCCUCUACUGGCUUAACAUGGAGCUAUGCUCUAAACUGCAGAACCAGAGGCUGUGGGAGCUUUACUCCGACAUGGAGCUGAACAUGAUUCCUGUCCUGGCAGCUAUGGAGAGUCAUCACAUCCACGUGGACAAAGAGGCUCUGAAGAGAAUGUCAGACCUGUUGGGGACUAAGAUGAAGCAGCUGGAGCAGGAGGCCCACAGAGCAGCAGGACAAAUAUUCCUGGUCACCAGCAGCACUCAGCUACGAACAGUCCUGUUUGAGAAGCUGCGGCUCCACGAGCGCUGCGAGAACAAGAAACUUCCCAAGACCAUCAACACACAGCAGCAGUCCACAUCAGAAGCUGCAUUGUUGCAGCUUCAGGACCUGCAUCCUCUUCCAAAGAUCAUUCUGGAGUACAGACAGAUUCACAAGAUCAAGUCCACUUUCGUUGAUGGGAUUCUCUCAUGCAUGAUGAGUAAGAACUACAUCUCCUCGACAUGGUACCAGACCAGCGUUGUGACUGGGAGAAUCUCUGCCAAACACCCAAACUUCCAGGCGUUGCCCAGACAGCCUCUUCAAAUCACCAAGAAGCAGUACAUCCAAGGAAAGGAGGAGGAGACGGUGACAGUUCACCCCCGAGCCAUGUUCAUCCCUCAGAAGGGCUGCACCUUCCUCGCUGCAGACUUCUGCCAGGUGGAGCUGCGUCUCUUAGCUCAUCUCUCCUCCGACCCUGAGCUGCUCCGUGUUUUUACCAACCCUCAAGCUGACGUCUUCACCAUGCUGGCCUCUCAGUGGAAGAGGGUGAGUGAGGGGGAGGUGACCUCUGAGGAUCGGGAACACGCCAAGCGCAUCGUCUACUCUGUUGUGUACGGGGCAGGCCGCGAGCGACUCUCAGGGAUCUUGGGUGUGAGUGCCCAGCAGGCCAGUCAGUUCCAGGACAGUUUCCUCCAGACCUACAGAGACGUCCAGGCCUUCAUCCAGAGAACCAUCCAGCUGUGCCACAGACAAGGUUAUGUGUUGUCCAUCAUGGGUCGUAGACGAACCCUCCCCAACAUCAACUCUCCAGACUGGGGAAUCCGCAUGCAGGCUGAAAGGCAGGCUGUGAACUUCACAGUCCAAGGUUCUGCUGCUGAUCUCUGUAAAGUGGCCAUGAUCCGGAUCUUCAACCUGGUGUCCACCACCUCGCUCACCGCCAGGCUGAUAGCACAGCUCCACGACGAGCUCCUGUACGAAGUGGACGACUCACAGGUGGAAAACUUUGCAGCGUUGGUGAAGAGCACCAUGGAGUCCCUGCAGCACAUCGACCAGCUGGGCGUCCAUCUCAGGGUCCCUCUGAAGGUGGCGGUCUCCAGUGGGAAGUCCUGGGGGUCCAUGACUGAGCUUAAGAUCCCUUCAUCAUCUCCUUCUCCUUGA